AAUUUGGCUUCUGUAGGUGACUGUCCGGAGAAAAGCUGUAGAGCGGGGUGUGUGUUGCGGGGCAGAGUCUGGAGGGGCAGGAUCACGCCGGGCAUCAGCCCCGCCCAGGUGCCUGAAGGCACUAGGAUAAAGUCAAAGCUGCUCACACCGGAGGCCGGUGGACUCAGUCUCAGGCACCAGCAUCAUGCCUAUGACACUGGGUUACUGGGACAUCCGUGGGCUGGCUCACGCUAUUCGGUUGCUCCUGGAAUACACAGACUCAAGCUAUGAGGAGAAGAGAUACACCAUGGGAGACGCUCCAGACUAUGACAGAAGCCAGUGGCUGAGUGAGAAGUUCAAACUGGGCCUGGACUUUCCCAAUUUGCCUUACUUAAUUGAUGGGUCACACAAGAUCACGCAGAGCAAUGCCAUCCUGCGCUAUAUUGCCCGCAAGCACAACCUGUGUGGGGAGACAGAGGAGGAGAGGAUUCGUGUGGACAUUUUGGAGAACCAGGCUAUGGAUGUCUCCAAUCAGCUGGCGAGAGUCUGUUACAGCCCAGACUUUGAGAAACUGAAGGUGGAAUACUUGGAGCAGCUCCCUGGAAUGGUGAAGCUCUUCUCACAGUUCCUGGGCAAGCAGACAUGGUUUGUCGGUGAAAAGAUUACUUUUGUAGAUUUCCUGGCUUACGAUAUCCUGGACCUGCACCUGAUAUUUGAACCCACGUGCCUGGAUGCCUUCCCAAACCUGAAGGACUUUGUGACCCGCUUUGAGGGACUGAAGAAGAUCUCUGCUUACAUGAAGACCAGCCGCUUCCUCCGAACACCCCUAUAUACAAGGGUGGCCACUUGGGGCAAUAAGUAGGGCCUUGACUGGGCAGGAAGUGGGAACCGGGGAUUCUGGGAACAGUUGGACUUCCUGUAGCCCUGGUGCUGCCUUCUGUCCAUCCCCUUCCUGACCCCAGAGUGUCACAGGUCCUCUUUUCUUUCAUCCAGCCUCUGCCCUUUCAAACCCUCUAAAGCCUAGGCUCCUAGUUUCCCUUUAGCAAAGUGCCCUUCUAGCAUGACUGUGUCCUGCACUUACUUGAUGGUCCUGCCUGUCAGCUGCUGUACUGUUGUGAAGAGUUGGGACUCUCCAUCAGCGCUCAGCCUAGGGCUCCUCAUGUUUGUCUGGAGACUAGAGAUGCCUGGUGUGUGUAUUUGGUCCCUGCACAGCUCUUUUGGGUCCCUCCUGUAAAGCCUGAACCACACUGGCUCUGGCUGCCACACUGCCAGCUUUUACUGCUAUCCCCAGGGCCUGCCUAGCGACCCAGGCAGAGGCUGAGUUCCCAGGGAUUUUAGUUGGAUAGGUAGGGGUUUGGCCCUUCCUGGCCUCACCUGAUUGUUUCUCUGGAGGCAGCUGCAGAAGGCUCUGUGGAGCACAGAGGGAGCUUAGAUCUCCUUUAUGCUAGCAGCACUGAGGUUUGUCAUGCAGGUCCCAGCGGUGAGGAUCCAGGCUGGUAGGAGUCCCCAGCAGUAAGCCAGGAUCCUCUGCCCACUGUACUAUGGCUGCCUUAUAUCUAUGUGUCUCCAGGAUCCUGUCUCGGAUGCCUUCAGAGUAUCCUGUCUUGGUCACCAGGGAUGGGGGCCAUCUUGGUUAAUCCCUUCUCUUUGUGAGUCCCCGUGAAAUAAAUUUCUUCAUGCUUUCGU